CUCAUCUCGACAUUAUGCCAGCCCGUGCUGUUAGGGUGGCUUCGCUCUUGGCUAAGGCGUCAAAAGCUGGCAUCGCUUAUCCUGCUCGACUACCUUUCUCGACGUCUCCGGUUCAUUUCGACAAGGACACUACAGGCUCCCCUGAAACCUUCCCCUCAACUCCUUCUUCUUCUCCUCGGCCAUCGCAAGCAGACGACUCGUUCUCUCCUCUCCCUCCUGCUCUCUCUGGAUCAUCUCAUCCUGCUUCUGUUCUCGCUCAACGGGUUGGCGAAUUUCUGUCCGACCAGUCUUCCUCGUCGUCUCAAUCUUCACACCCACCCCCAUUUCCCCCUUCAUCUUAUCCCUUCAUCUCACAGUCAAUAUCAACAAAUUUACCAAGCCCCUCAGAUGCUCUCAAACCGGCAUACAUGCGAGACACCUUGUUGCCCUCCUACACCCCUGCUCCUCGCAAAAACAAAGGUGUGCAUUCCUCCAAAUUACGUGCACGCGGUCAUACACCUCAUGAACACCAGCGAAUUGAUUCAGUCCUUCAAGGUAUCUUUGCCCAACUCGACAAAGACGACGCUCUCGGUCCUUACACACACACCAGUCGAGAUCUCUACGGCUCUCCGAGACGUCCAACCUUGUACGGUAUCCCUGGAGUCGUAGGUCGAUCAAGAGGACCAAUGAGCAGAUUGCUAGAUCGUGAAGUCGGAGAGGAAGAUCCAGAAGUUACGGAGCAACUGGAAGCUUUGAAAGAAGAGAUGAGUAUGUGUAAUACGGAUAUGGAAAUUCUGGCAUGGGCGAAAGAAAGAAUCCUGACACCUCUUCCUUCUUCGAAAGCUCAAAAUUCUUCCCCGGUACAUGAUCAUACGAAAUCCGACAUCACGUCGUCCGCAAUCCAUAUUGACUCCACUCCUCAGUCGAAUACAUCCGAUUCGAUGAUCGACGUUGAUACCAACCUAGAUAUUCAGGAAACCUUGACUUACCCAAAAGUCUAUCCCCUCAUUCUCGGUCAACUCCUUCGGACCAUCCGAAUACACUAUAACAACCCUUACCUCGCCCUAGCCAUCUUUCAACACGCUCAGACCGUUUCCGUGGAGUCAUAUCUCUCCGGAUGUCUUGCUCCCGCAUACAACGAGGUCCUGCGAAUCCGAUGGGAAUCCUUUCUCGAUCUUUGGGGUUUAGAACAUGGCGUGAGAGAAAUGGAAGUGAACGGUGUGGCAUGGGAUAGAGGGACUUUCGACAUUGUCAAUGGAGUAGUAGAGCAAAUCAGUAGGGAGCUACUUGAUCCUGCUGGUCUGGCAAGAUGGGGGAAUGAGGCAGCCAAGGUAGUGGCGCGGUUAGAGAAGCGCGUUCAAGCGGACGUGAGGAACGAAGCUUUCAUUCAGAGCGAUAAGAUGAAAGCGAGGGCUAGGACACGGGAGAGAUAUGAGAGGGAACACUCAGUGCAACGGACAGUGCAACGGACAGUGUAACGGUCAGUGUAACUGGAACAUGAUGAGUUGCUCCAUUG